AUGUCUGAAUCAAACGUUCAACAGGGCAAUAAGGCGCCCGUCUCAGGCCAGGCCAAUGAGCCUCUUACAAGGCCGGCGCAUGCCUUGACUUUCGAGGAAGUCGCGCAAGAGUUGGAAACAGACGCAACUCGAGGUUUGUCAACAGAAGAAGCCACGAGUCGAACUACAAGAUAUGGGCCCAACGCCCUUGAGGAGGAUAAGGGCGUUCAGCCUAUCCAGAUCCUUAUAGCUCAGGUCGCCAAUUGCAUGACCCUGAUUCUCAUCCUUGCCCUUGCCGCAAGUUUCGCUAUCCAAGCCUGGAUCGAAGGUGGCGUGCUGGCCGCAAUUAUCCUCAUCAACAUCGUCAUCGGCUUCCUGCAAGACCUCCAGGCAGCUAAGACUAUCGCCUCGCUGAAAUCACUCAACUGUCCGACCGCUCGCGUGGUUAGAAACGGCGAAACAGUAACUGUUGAGGCUACCAGUCUCGUGCCCGGCGACAUUAUUGAGCUCAAAACAGGCGACAGCGUCCCAGCUGAUGCGCGUCUUGUUCAAAGUGUCAACCUUGAAGCUGAUGAGGCUCUGCUCACUGGUGAGAGCGUCCCCGCUCGCAAAGACCCGCAAGAGGUCUGCGACGAGGACGUUGGGCCUGGUGACCGCCUCAACAUUGUUUUCACCUCCAGUAUCAUUACCAAGGGUCGCGGCCGUGCCAUUGUUUUCGCAACUGGCAUGUUCACUGAAAUCGGCGCCAUUGCUACCGCCUUGAAAGACCAGGGCGGCGACAAGCGGGUGGUUAAGCGCGAUGCGGACGGCAAGGCCUCCGUCGGGGCUUACUUCGCUUUUGCAAUUGGGAAGCUCUGGGACUGGUUGGGAGAGUUCUUCGGACUGACCGUCGGCACACCAUUGCAACGCAAACUUUCCCGACUCUUUCUCUAUGUAUUUUGUUUUGCCAUUGUCUGUGCCAUCAUUGUGUUGGGAGCCAACAAGUUCCGAAGCCGUAGCGAUGUCAUCAUCUAUGCUGUCGCCACUGCUCUUGGCACACUUCCUGUCACCCUCAUUCUUGUGCUCACCAUUACCAUGGCUGCCGGAACUAAGGUUAUGGUCGCGAGGCAUGUUGUUGUGAGGAACAUGCGAUCUCUGGAGGCUCUUGGCGGUGUUACCAACAUUUGUUCCGACAAGACUGGUACUCUGACUCAGGGAAAGAUGGUCACCAGGAUGGCCUGGAUGCCCGAGCAUGGUACCUAUUCCAUUGACACCAGCAAUGACCCCUACGACCCCGAAGUCGGCGAAAUCACCUUUACGCCGAAUCAACCAAAAGACAUGCGCGGCUCGAAUGGUGGUUCUGUAGUCCCAGCCCAGGAGGCAGAGGCUCAUGCCGCGCUUAAGCAUUAUCUUGACGUCGCAGCUUUCGCCAACCUAGCGACAGUUAAGAAAACGGUGGCUGAAAACUCAUCAGAAGCCAAAUGGCAAGCACACGGCGAUCCUACUGAAAUUGCCUUGCAAGUAUUUGCUACCCGCUUUGGACGAUCCGGCUUGUCUGCCCCUUGGAAGCAGCUAGCCGAGUUCCCAUUCGAUUCGUCCGUCAAGAAGAUGUCCGUGGUUUGCCAGAACGAGGAAACUCAAGAAGUCAGUGUUUUUACAAAGGGAGCCGUGGAGAGGGUCAUCGGAAGCUGCACGAGCAUCACUGUCUCUGUUGGUGUGGCCGAGAUGACCGAGGACAUCAAGGCGACCAUUCUUGAGAACAUGGAGGCACUUGCCCGGCGUGGACUUCGUGUGCUAGCUCUGGCCAACGCGACCGGUGUGAGAGCGGUUUCGGACGAAGAGGCCCGCCACGGUCAGCUCAAGCGGGAUGAGUUCGAGCAGAACCUCGUCUUCCGUGGACUGGUUGGAAUUUACGACCCACCCCGUGCCGAAUCUCGCCCCAGUGUCUUCAAGUGCCAUCAAGCAGGUAUCGGCGUCCACAUGCUGACGGGUGACCACCCUGAAACUGCACGCGCCAUUGCCUUGGAAGUAGGAAUCCUGCCAUCAAAGAUGCACCUCUUGCGCGCCGAUAUUACUGAACGUCUUGUCAUGACCGCACACGACUUUGACAAGCUGACAGACCAAGAAAUCGAUGCUCUCCCAGAGCUGCCCUUGGUCGUGGCUCGCUGUGCUCCGUCGACUAAGGUCCGCAUGAUUGACGCCCUGCACCGUCGGAAGAAGUAUGUGGCCAUGACAGGUGACGGAGUCAAUGAUAGUCCCAGUCUGAAGCGCGCCGAUGUUGGCAUUGCCAUGGGUCUCAAUGGUAGCGACGUCGCCAAGUCAGCUUCGGAUAUCGUGCUUAGUGACGACAACUUUGCCAGUAUCCUCAACGCUGUUGAGGAGGGGCGGCGCAUCUUCGACAAUAUCCAAAAGUUCAUGCUGCACGUCCUCGCUGCCAAUGUUGGUUUCGUUCUUACUCUCAUGAUUGGACUCAUCUACAAGGACUCGGGUGAGACGUCAAUUUUUCAAAUUACACCUGUCGAAAUUUUGUUCAUGCUACUCGUCGCCGGCGCUUUCACCGAAACUGGUCUUGGCUUCGAGUCUGCCUCGCCUGAUAUUCUUAACAGGCCACCUCAGAGUCUCAAAUAUGGUGUCUUCACCCCCGAAUUCCUUGCCGACAUUCUCGCCUAUGGUCUGAUUAUGGCUGCAUGUCUGCUCGGAUCUUUCGCAAUCGCCUUUUUUGGCAUUAACGAUGGUCGCUUUGGCACAGAUUGUAACAUCAGGUAUUCCAGCUCCUGCGAGUCCGUUUUCCGCGCGCGGUCGACCUGCUACACCACAAUGAUGUGGGUCUUUCUUUUCCUCGCCUGGGAACUUGUCGACAGUCGUCGCUCGUUCUUUUUCGGCGCUGUUCAUGACACAAAAGCUUGGGCUACGCGGCUGUGGCGCAACCCAUUCCUCUUUUGGUCCGUCAUUGUUGGAUUCGUCAUCGUCUUUCCCACGUUGUACAUUCCUGUCAUUGACCACGUCGUAUUCAUGCACACGGGCAUCGACAAGGAAUGGGGUAUCGUCUUUGGCAUGUGCAUCUUAUUCUUCGCAGGCGCCGAAGCGUGGAAGUGGGCAAAGAGAGUGUACUUGAGGAGGCACGGCAUGAUGCACAGGAAGAGCGCAGGAUUGACCGAGGAGGACUUGGAGAAGAGGACGUUUGAUGGGUUCUACAGCUCAAGCGAAGACAGCUCGCAAGAGAAAUAG